AUGAGUGCAUGGUUCGGGGUCUUUACCUGUACCCGAGCCUGCUGUCCAGGGGACGUUUCAACUUCGAGGCGUCUUGGUAAGGAGAUGGUUAUUGGUCACUCUACUGCCCAAUGGCCAACUAGUGUUGUGGGUCCUUCUGCGGUUCUGCAGCCAAAUACUACUCUUGUUCCUUCACUAGAAAGACUUCACCUAAGGGUGGGAGUUUUUGGAGAUUGCUCCAUCUGGUGGAGCAGGGAAGAAGAUGAAGCUAUUCAUCUCAUUGGGCAAGCUUCGUUGCUUCCUAGAGACCUACAAAUUUAG